AUGUCACAAAACUCAACUCAGACUCAAACAAAAAAGCUGGACACAGCAAAAGGUGCAGAUGCAUACAAUCCAAGCAACCUGAAAACCUACGACACUCUCGUCUUUGGUGUCGUUUCACCUUACGGUUGGAAUUGCUCAGCCGAGAAACUCAUCUCUUUCUUCAACCGCAAUAUAGCUCGCGCCGCAGAGCCGUACAAGUCCAACCCGGGCGGUCCCCCACCCACUCGAAUCCUCGACAUUGGCGUUGGCACAGGAUACUUCCCCGCAAGAGCUCCUUUGCCUAAAUGGACCGAGUACGUUCUUGUCGACCUCAACGAGACGUGCCUGGACGUUACUCUACCCGUCAUUGAAAGGGCACAUCCGGAGGUCGGCACCAACGCUACGAAGGUCGUUGGUGACUUCCUGGCUCAAGGUGACGAGCUGAAAAGUUUGUUUGCGAAGGGAAAUAGUUUGCCGGAAGGCGGUUUUGAUGCUAUAUCUCUCAUGUUCUUGCUGCAUUGCCUGCCUGGCCCACCGGCACGCAAGGCGGAGGCUUUGGGACGCAUGGGUCGCUUGUUGAGGCCUGGAGGGGUCGUGUUCGGGGCUACUAUUUUGGGCAAAGGUGUGAACCGUAAUCCGCUGGCGCACUUUGUAUUGUGGUUGAACAACUAUUUGGGGGUCUUUGAUAAUCAUGAGGACGAUGCAGUGGGUAUCUUGGUGCCUCUCCAGAAGAUGUUCAAUGAGGUACGAUAUGAGGUAGUCGGGUGUAUGCUUCUUUUCGAAGCCAGCGAUCCUCGCUAUAAUUAG